AGAGAGCCAAGGAAAGCGCAGGGACAGCCUUAAAAGAACUAAUUCUUUUCUAUUGUUUCAGAUUCUACAAAUAGGCUGGCUGUGUGGGGUUGGCAGGAACAUAUUCAGUGCUGGGCGACGACAAGUGCAUCCUUGUGAAUCAGAACGGAGAGCUCCUUGUCUCCCAACCUGUUGUCCUUCCAUGGAGAGACUCUGUGGACUGUUUGUGGCAUUUCUGGUUACUUGCAUGACAUGGGCUGAGCACCCUUCCUCACCACCUGUGGUGGACACCAAGUAUGGCAAAGUCCUGGGGAAGUAUGAAAGAGUGGAAGGGUUUGCACAACCCGUGGCUGUAUUUCUGGGAGUCCCUUUUGCAAAGCCUCCUAUUGGAUCCCUGAGAUUUGCUCCUCCACAACCUCCAGAGUCAUGGAACUAUGUGAAGAACACCACAUCUUACCCUCCCAUGUGUUCCCAACUUAAAAUGGGAGAAAUUUUUGAGACAGACCUUGUGAGCAUGAGAAAGAUUUCUGUCUCAAUUUCGGAAGACUGUCUGUAUCUGAAUAUUUACACUCCUGUUGAUGCAACAAGGAAAAGUAGCCUGCCGGUGAUGGUGUGGAUCCAUGGCGGUGCACUGCUGGUUGGCGGAGCAUCACCAUAUGGUGGACUGGUCCUCUCUGCCCUUGAGAAUGUGGUGGUAGUGAGCAUUCAGUACCGUCUGGGAAUCUGGGGAUUCUUCAGCACAGGGGAUGAACACAGCAGAGGGAACUGGGGUCACUUGGACCAGGUGGCUGCACUGCAUUGGGUACAGGACAACAUUGCCAACUUUGGAGGUAACCCAGACUCUGUGACCAUCUUUGGAGAGUCAGCUGGAUCUCAAAGUGUCUCUGUUCUUGUCUUAUCUCCCCUGGCCAAGAACCUCUUCCACAAGGCCAUUUCUGAGAGUGGAGUGGCCCUUCUUCCUGGUCUGUUAAGUAAGGAUAUGAAACCUCUUGCUAAGAAAAUUGCAGUUGCUGCUGGGUGUAAAACCACUUCCUCAGCCGUCAUGGUUCACUGCCUGCGGCAGAAGACAGAGGAUGAACUCUUGGAGGUCACAAAGAACUUGAAAUUUUUUACUGUGGAUUUACCUGGAGACCCCAGGGAGAAUUAUCCUGUGGUGCCCACUGUUGUUGAUGGUGUGCUGCUGCCCAAGGCACCUGAAGAGAUUCUGGCUGAAAAGAAUUUCAAUACCAUCCCCUAUAUUGUAGGAAUCAACAAGCAAGAGUUCGGCUGGAUCCUUCCCAUGGUGUUGGGAAAUCCAGUCCCUGAAGGCAAGCUGGACCAGAAGACGGCCACAUCGCUCCUGUGGAAGUUGUAUCCCUUUGCUAAUGUUCCUGAGGAACUGACAGCAGUGGCCACUGAGAAGUAUUUAGGAAAGACAGAUGACCUUGUGAAAAAGAGAGAACUGUUCCUGGACUUAAUGGGAGAUUUGAUGUUUGGUGUGCCAUCUGUGAUUGUGGCCCGUGGCCACAGAGAUGCUGGAGCCCCCACCUACAUGUAUGAGUUCCAAUAUCGACCAAUCUUUUCAUCAGACUUGAAACCCAAGACUGUGAUCGGAGACCAUGGAGAUGAAGUCUCCUCAGUGUUUGGGACUCCACUUGUAAAAGAGGGUGCCUCAGAAGAAGAGAUCAACCUUAGCAAAAUGGUGAUGAAAUUCUGGGCCAACUUUGCUCGGACUGGGAACCCCAAUGGGGAAGGUCUGCCUUACUGGCCAGAGUAUGACCAAAAGGAAGGAUACCUGCAGAUUGGUGCCACCACCCAGGCUGCCCACAAACUGAAAGACAAAGAAGUGGCUUUCUACACUGAGGUUCUAGCCAAGAAGACUGUGGGGGAUCCACACCAGCAAGGACACACAGAGCUCUGAAGGGAUGACACAGGCAGUUUCAGGAUCCUGAGACUGUUAACAUAGGUGUAUCCUGUGGCAGAAGUUUGUAAGCUAAGCUUGCAUAUGUUUGUAGUGGCUGAAGAAGUGUUUGUUUCAUGGAAGGCAGAAUUCAGGAAUGGGGAAUGUUUGUACAAUGGCCUAAAUUUGAAGACAAAUAUCAGUUUUGACAAUAAAAUGAGUGUCUGUGUGUUGA